AUGUCAGAGUCCAAGGAAGGCGGCGGCUCCUCGGGCUUCUCGAGCUUCAUGGACGACCUCAAGGACAAGUUCUCCGAGUCCAAGCUCCACGAUGCCAAGGUCCAGCUCAUCCACAAAAAGCACCAGAUUGGCAAACUGGGCAACCUCUUCAACAAGGACCAUCGCCACGACGAGGAGCACGAGCAGCGCUGCGACGAGAAGCGCACCAAGAUCUGCGAGUCGCACCGGUUCCAGUCCUUCUUCCCCGAGCGCGACGGCAACCUGAUCAAGUGGUACGUCGAUGGCUGCGACUACUUCUGGGCCGUGUCGGUGGCGCUCGAGCAGGCCAAAGAGUCCAUCUACAUUGCCGACUGGUGGCUCUCUCCGGAGCUGUUCAUGCGCCGCCCGCCCUACCACAGCCAAGAGUACCGCCUGGACCAAAUCCUCAAGCGCAAGGCGGAAGCUGGUGUCAAGAUCUUCGUCAUGGUCUACAAGGAGGUCGAGGCCGCCUUGACGUGCAACUCCAUCCACACCAAGCACGCCCUCCAGUCUCUCUGCCCUGAAGGCACGCCCGGCCACGGCAACAUUCGCAUCAUGAGGCACCCCGACCACAACGUCUUCGAGAACGCCGCCGACAUGACCAUGUACUGGGCGCACCACGAAAAGUUCAUCGUCAUUGACUACGCCAUGGCCUUCAUUGGCGGCCUGGAUCUCUGCUUCGGCCGUUGGGACGCCCGACAGCACCCCCUGUCCGACGUGCAUCCCGAGGGCGUGAAGGAGGAGAUUUGGCCCGGCCAGGACUUUAACAACAACCGCAUCAUGGACUUUAAGAAGGUGCAGGAUUGGCAGCAAAACGAGCUGAGCAAGGCCGAGUACGGCCGCAUGCCGUGGCACGACGUGGCCAUGGGUCUCAUCGGCCCGUGCGUGUACGACAUUGCGGAGCACUUUGUCCUCCGCUGGAACUUUAUCAAGCGAGACAAGUACAAGCGCGAUGAUCGUUUCGACUGGAUCAUCCUCGAGGGCCGCCAGGGCGAGGACGAGGACUUGGUCGGCGUGCAGCGCCCCAAGCACCCCGUCGGAGACUACGUCCAGCAUCCGCUGACGCCCCUGAGCACCAAGAACCUGGACAACCGCGGCACUGUCCACGCUCAGAUCGUUCGGUCCAGUGCCGACUGGUCCAGCGGCAUUCUGACCGAUCAUUCUAUCCAGAACGCAUACUGCGAGGUCAUCCGCAACGCGAAGCACUACGUGUACAUUGAGAACCAGUUCUUCAUCACUGCCACAGGCGAUCAGCAGUCGCCCAUCCACAACACGAUUGGAAAGGCCAUUGUCGAUGCCGUCGUCAAAGCGGGCCAGGAGAAGCGCAAGUUCCGCGUCAUCGUCAUCAUCCCAGCCAUCCCCGGAUUCGCCGGCGACCUCCGCGAAAACGCAGCCUCUGGCACCAGAGCCAUCAUGGACUAUCAGUACAAGUCGAUCUGCCGCGGAGAGAACUCCAUCUUCGAGCAGGUCAGGGCGCAAGGAGUCGAUCCUGACCAGCACAUCUUCUUUUUCAACCUCAGAUCGUACGAUCGCCUCAACAAGACGCACGCCAUCUGCGAGGCGGAGAAGAAGACUGGCGUCAGCUAUCAGCAGGUCCAGCGAGCCGAGGCGGAGGAGAUCAUGUCCGAGGGCGUAUAUGGGUACGAAGAUGACAGCUCUGACGAUGGCGGCAACGGGGGCAACGGGCAUGAGCAUCACGGCCUGGACGCCAGCAAGUUGCACCUGGGAAAGAAGAAGGACAAGACGGAAAAGAAGUCCGUGUCCGAGAUUGAGGCCGACAAGGAUGCGCAGCAAGCUAGGGAGCGCUUCGAAGCCGCCAAACCCGAGGAAAAGAUUGUGUCUGCUGCCUCGGUGGCGCACCAUGCCAUGGCUGGCCAGGGCUCUCUCAAGGAUGAGCCGUGGGAUACGCACGACGACGAGGAGUCGGAGAUCCGCAACUGGAUCCAGGAGGAGUUGUAUGUGCACGCCAAGCUCCUGAUUGCAGACGACCGCGUCGUCAUCUGCGGGUCCAGUAACUUGAACGACCGCAGCCAGCUCGGAAACCACGACAGCGAGCUGAGCAUCGUCAUGGAGGACACGAAGCUUAUCCCGAGCACCAUGGACGGCCAGCCAUUCGAGGCCGGCUAUCACGCGGCGACGCUGCGACGGUUCUUGUGGCGCGAGCACAUGGGCCUGCUGCCUCCCCAGGACCUCAACCCGGAGAAGGACAUCAACGCGCUGCCGCCCAACGUCAACCCCGACAACAACAUCCACGACCAGGACGAGAGCUACAAGUUUGUCGAGGACCCCAUGGGCGACGAGCUGUGGUCGACCUGGACUGGCCAGGCCGAUAAGAACACCAGCCUGUUCCGCCAUCUCUUCCAUGCGGACCCGGAUGACCACAUCAAAACAUUUGACGACUACGACCGAUAUCUGCCGCCUCGCGGCGUCAAGUCGGGCCACAUCUACGACCAGUUCAUGCCGGCCGAGGACGCAAGGGAGAAGCUGUCCCAGAUCAAGGGCCACCUGGUCUGGAUGCCCAAGGCGUUCCUGCGGGACGCCGAGAUGGCGGAGCGAGGGCUGCAGGUCAACUCGUGGACAGAGAGCGUCUACACGUAG